CAAAGUUGAAGAAAUGAGAAUCGAGGGAGAAGGCAGAGCAAAAGAUCGCGCUCUGUGGUUGCGUAGGGUUCUCGUCCAUGGAAGAAAAAAAAACCGUAAAAAUCUCUAAACGCAACUUCACUGGCACUGUACAAGACCCGCCAUUACGAACUCAAUCCAGAAGAAGAAAGUUCAGCAAUGUUGACCUCUGUAGCUCCUCCUACUUCAAACUUCGCGCUCUUGUUCGACAACUUCGUCCCCAAUUUAUCCAGAUGAGGAAGUGGUGUUGUGUUGCAAGGGAUGUGUGGAUGUUGAGAUUGAAGGAGGCUCCUCUUCAUUUGCUGAUUCAGGAUGCUAAAUUCAGCAUGGCAUCAAUUUUAAGAAUACUCCAGACACCUGACUUCAAGAAUAGCAAGGCAGCUCAUGAACUUCGAAUACAAAUGAAUCUUGUGAUGGAUUUGUACAAGCGGAUGAUUACCAUGGAGGCAGACACCGUUAAGAAGAUUGGGUUAGAACAUCAACCUUUAUCAGGUCAAAAUGUGCCUGGUAAACAAUCCUGGAACAGACACCAAGAUGAAAAGGUACCAGAAUUGCAUCAAUUUAGACAGCCAUCAGAUCGAUCUGCAAAAAAGAAACCUCCAAAAUAUUUGAAGUCAAAGAUAAAGCGUGAUGAUGUACAUGACCGAAACAGCUAUAUUGUGGGUGGUUCAGUUUUUGGUUGGAACUUCGUCACAUUUGGAGGCAGUAAGCCAGUUUACUAUGGGGUCACAAAAGAGUCCUUCAGAAAAACCCUUAAAAGUAAAAGGUCAGGAACUGGUGUAUCUUCCCAUUAUACCUGACACUCUGAGCCUGAAGUAAUAACAUGAAAAUGCAUAUUAUAUAGUGGAGUCACCUUUGAAUAGUUAUAGAAGCCAGAAAUAUUCAUUUUUUGCUCCAAACAAGUGAAAUUUUUUUGAUGGCGACAAGGCAAUUGUUGUAAAGUUGGCAUGAACAGGAAUGCCGGCCCCUUUUUGGUAUUACUGAGAUGGGCAAGGAAUGAUUCAGCAUUCAUUCAUAUUACAUUGUCUUUCUUUUUUGGUAGUAUCUAGCGGUUUCAUGUUUUCAGUUUCUGGAAUGUAUCUGUCAGUGUACUAUCGACUUGGUCAUGGUGAUUUUUAGUUGCAUUCGACGGAAUGCAGCGGAUAAGUGGUCAGGGGGGUGAAAACCACCAAAAACUAAAAACUAAACUGACCCAUUUUGGCAUCGUUCAACCGAAUUUGCUGUUCGGUUCGA